AAUUGUGCUGUGAACCCAAAAUGGCUCUAUUAGGUCUAUUUUUAAAAACUGUCAAGGGACCCAGGGGCAAGUGUACCUAUAUGAUUGAGUCUGAAGCAUUGGGUCAAAGUUCUAGAAUACCUUUCCACAGGAAAGCCAGCCAGUUUCUUCUAAGGGGCGUCUCUUUCACAACUACCUGUUCGUUCAAGUGCCUGGGCUUUGGGGGCGCUUCUAAUUUGGAAACAUGGAACAAAGGAGCCAAGGGGAAUGGCCUGGGGAGUGCCACCUGCUUUCUGAAAUUUCCAGGGAGGGAGUUUGUUCCCCGUGGCUUGCUCUGCCUGGGGGAUGCUCCAGGCCUCCCUUCUGAGGGACUUGGGCUGUGGCUUAGCACCCUGGUCGCUGCUCUGAGCACAGUGAGUCUUGCACACAUUUUUGCUGCUGGGGCCGGGUCAAUUUGCAUAAAAUGUUCUCCACAGAUCUAUGGUGUUUUCCCGAAAGUGGGAAAAGACACCACUCUCCCUGAGAGAUUCUAUUUUAUAACCUUCUGUACUUUAUAGCCUUUUGGGAGCCGGUAAGAGACACGGCCACCCCCACACAGCACGAAGGGCUGCUGAUGUCUUUGUGUAUUAACGCCACAAAUACCCCCUAGGAAGGCAGAGGUGUGGCCAGGAGCCGCAAGGUUUGUAGUUAGCACACUGGGGUCACGUCACGUGCUGCCUCUUCCCGGCUCUGCGACUCUGGGCCAGGCUCCCCAAAAUCUCCAGUCUCUGUUUCCUCCCCUGUGGAUGCCGCCUCGGCUGCCCACCGCUGCUGUGAGGACUGCAUUCAGGUGUGACUUCGGAAGCCCUCAGCCUGGAGCCUGGCACAUUUGGAGCAGCGUUUGCUACUGUCAUCAAUUAUGUUCUCUCUGAUGACGGCAAAGGGCAUAGGAUCCGUUCUGUAGGAGCUUGAGGAAGUCUCUGGAACACCCAGAACCUCGUCUUCCGCAUCUGGAGGUGGACGCUAAAACGCUUUGCCUAUUUUGCAAGUGUGUUGCCAGUUGCCAGGAUCUUAGCAAGUAUUGGGUAUAGACUUCUGGAAAGUAGCCACCCCUUCUUUGGAGCUUAUGAUGCAGGAGGCGCAAGGCUAAGGUUGUGCAAUCACUCGGGAGGUGGCUACUGGCGACUUGGUUUGGGACGGCCUCCUUUUGGGAAGGGUCAUCUUCCUAAAGCCUGAAUUCCCCGCCAACUGACCCUCCUUCGGUCCCGCUGGGGUGGAGCCCAGAGAAGGUUCGGACUUGGCCUUCCCUGCAGCCAGUUCCUGGCCCUUAGACUGACACACCCUAUGUGCCGAGCAAAGGCAGGCUGCCACGUUCUUUCGGUCUCUAGAGAUCCAGAGGCCACGCACGGCAAAACCAAGGGGUGUUCACCGAAGUGUGGCCCUAGGGAGCACAUCGGACUCCCUCAGCGGCCGGGCUGGGCCCGAUCCUACCCGCAGUGGGUCCCAUUCCAGCGACCUGACAUCUUAAAAUGCCCUCGGUAUGUCCUCAGAGAAGAGGAAUCACAUCCUGGAGGAGCAAUCAAGGCUGCCUUCUCAGAGGAGGCGGCCUCUGGGGGAACAGAAAAGAAGGCGGGUGUGUUGGAAUCGGCAGUGGGCUCUGAGAGGCCGGGGGCUUCUUCACCUCGCUAGCCCCAGCGGCCUGCAAACGCCCGUGGGAACGGGCGCUCAACACUGACUUGCUCCGUGAACAAAUGACAGCCCGGGAACCCAGCCAGGCUCUCUGCGCACGUCCCUCCACCCCGCCCGCGGAGACGCACGCGCAUGCGCACUCCAUGCCCUUCACACCAGGCCUUCGCGGCGACGCCCCGCCCCCCUUGCGGUCGGUACGCAGGCGCGGGGAGAGUGCGCGGGCGGAUGACGUCACUCCGCGCCGACUCCGCCUCUGGAGGCGUCGCUCGCCGACCGCGUCGUCAUGGAGCUGAGGACCGGUGUUUCCAAACAGGACAUUCGCGAACAGAUCUGGGACUACAUGGAAUCACGAAACUUAGCGGAUUUUCCCCGGCCUGUUCAUCACAGGAUUCCCAACUUCAAGGGUGCUUCCCGUGCUGCCGAGCACCUCCCAUGCUUGCAGGCGUUCAAAAUGGCCAGAACCAUUAAGGUCAAUCCUGACGCUCCCCAGACAAACGCUCGCUUCUUCGUCCUCGACAGCAAAAAAACAUUGUUGGUGCCAACACCACGGCUGAGAACGGGGUUAUUUAAUAAGAUCACGCCGCCGCCCGGCGCAACGAAGGACGUCUUGAGAAAAUGCGCCACCUCUCAGGGCGUGCGCAACUACAGCACCCCCGUGGGCUUGGAUUCCAGGGUCCUUGUGGACUUGGUGGUGGUGGGGUCCGUUGCCGUUUCUGAAAAAGGUUGGAGAAUUGGGAAGGGAGAAGGUUAUGCUGAUCUGGAAUAUGCCAUGAUGGUGUCGAUGGGAGCGGUCGGCCCGGAGACACCAGUGGUCACCAUCGUCCACGACUGCCAGGUCAUCGACAUACCUGAAGCGCUGCUCGAGGACCACGACCUCACCGUGGACUACAUUCUCACUCCGACGAGAGUCAUUGCCACAGGGUGUGAGCGCCCAAAGCCAACGGGAAUCUUAUGGUCCAAGAUCAGCCGGGAGGUGAUGGGGAAAAUCCCAGUACUCCAAAGCCUGCGUCACCGAGAGAAGCAGGCUGGGAAAGACGUCACCCUCCGGGACGAGCCCCGGCGCCUCCUGGGAGCCAGCAGCCAGCAGCCAGCUCACCUGAGCGCCGUCCGGGGGCCCCGGGACCCACCCCUGCCAGAACCCUGCCCUGCGCAGGGGGAGGACGGGCCCACUGGCACCGUUUGCGUCGGGAACCUUCCCCGGGACGCCCGAGUGAGCGAGCUGAAGAGAGCCCUCCGAGAACUCGGAGCGGCCCCCCAGAGGCUCACUUGGCAGGGGCCCCGGGGCAGGGCCCUCCUGCAUUACCAGGCACCGGCCUCCGCCCAGCAGGCCGUCUCCCGCUUGCAGGGCUUGCGCUUGGGGGCGGCCACGGUGACGGUGGCACUGGCCAGGCGGCAGAGGGCCAGCGACCUGCCGGGCGGCCGCGUGCAGGAGCCACAGCCUGACUGUCGCCCGGCCGUCGCCGACCUGUGAUGGGGCGCUGCUCCGGUCCCCGUGGAACUUGAGGGGCGUGGCAGCAGGACUCGGCAGAGCGUUGCUGUGUGAGCGGCUUUGGGCCCAGGCCUCUCCAGGAUGGCCCGGCCUUGUGUCACCGCCCAGGACCUCCUGACGAGUAGAGAGUCAGCCAGUAGCUCAUGGCCGACACGUCCCAGCCCUGCUGUGUCUGCGUCCCGUAACCUGCCGGGUGUUGCCACCACACCGGCUUCUCUGGUUAUUCAGAGGCCGCAGGGGACCGAGUCGGAGUAAACGGUGGCAGCCAGGGGUUUGUGGUUGGGGGGAGGGGGAGUAAGGGGCGAGGCCCUGGCAGGGGUCAGGGGCAGGUGCACGCCCUGCUGUCCUGGGAUCCUGGGUCUCGAACCACCACCGCAGGGGGAGAGCCGUGUUCAAGUCGCAGAAGCCAACAAGCGCGGUCUCCUGGGUGCGGCUGUUUGUCACAACUUGGCGCUGGCGUCUGUGACGGAGAGCCCGUGUGACUGGGGGGCGGUACACACCUCACUGCUCUGCCCUCCUUGCCUCUCCGGCCUCACCCCUCCGUCCGGGAGAACACCCUCCACUCCACAUGGUCUUGUAGGAGGUACCCGCCACGGAGAAUGAGCUGCCCCAGCCUGUGUCACAGACAGUGACAGACGCUCAUGCCGAUUUGCCUAAUGCCCCACGUUUCUUGGUUUUUUCCCUCCACUUUUCCUGAAAAGCAAACUGGAUUUUGGCUGAACUGUGCUUUCUAAACAGAAGCACUUUUGCAAUGGAUCCUGGGCAAAAAGUCAAAGAAAGCAUUUACAUGGAGAUUUUUUUUUUUUUUAACGUAUACACGUGAGAAAUUUUAGUUUUUUCACCAGCAGGUCGUACUGGGCACGUUGCAAGCACAUUGUUACACCUCAGGAGGGCCUGGCUUGCGUGUGCUUUCAAGAAAACCUUGAGGCACUCGGUCUCCCUCGUCAAAGCACUUUCUCAUUGGCUUUACAAGGAAAAUACCGUGGAGAUGUCGGAAAAGCCUGCCCUGAGAUUGCUCAGUAAAUGUAGGCUUCUUUCCCAAGGCGUCAGGAAUCAAACAAAGGGCGGAAAGAUCUUCUGGGCUCUCUCUUCCCACCUGUACCGCCCACCCCACCCUUGUGGCUGCCUUUUGCUUCGUCACCCAGCGCCCGGCUCAGAUGUUAGAGGCUGAACCUGACCCCCUCACCCAGAGCAGCAGUCUGGUCGUCUGACUCCUCACGGUUUUUUGUUUUGCUUUUCUGCCUUGUUUCUCAUGUCUUUUUUCCAUAAAGUUUCCCUGUAUUUGACAUA